AUGCUAAAGCUGAAAACCCCGUCGCUCCCUCAGCGGCGGACAGUUUCGGUAAAUAGCAGCACAAUUAUGUUGCUACUGCCCAUGGUGCUGGAGCUGGCGCUGGCGCUGGUCACGCCAUCUGUCCACGCCGCAGUGGUGGCAAAGGAUAGCGCAGCCAGCGCCAUGCUCGGAAGCGGCGCUGGCGCCGCCACGGUUUCACUAAAACGCGACUAUUCUGCGCUGCUAUCGGGCACAGCAACUGUCUCCUCCUCAUCAUCAUCGUUAUCUGCGUCGUCGUCGCCCGCGCCUACGCACAGCAAUCAAUGUUCCUGGGUGUAUAACGGCACCUCCUCGGUGCAUUGUGCACUGCGACUGAUGGAGCGAACGACAGCGCUAGAUCUUCAGGGCGCAGAUGGCAGUAGCCAACUGACUAUUAAAUGCAGCGAUCUCUAUCUCUUCGAGUCCUCGCUUCCGCAGGCCGUGUUUGCUCGCCUGCAAACGUUGGAUACACUGCACAUAGAGUCCUGUAAACUGCUCCAGCUGCCCAAUAAUGCCUUCGAAGGUCUGAGUACCUUAAAAACGUUGGUCUUAAGCACGCGCAAUGCCGAGUGGGGACCCGCAAAGGCGCUUGAACUAUACCCCGACUCUCUAAAUGGUCUCAAGCAAUUGACGGAGCUAAAUCUUAGUGAAAACAAUUUAAGAGCGCUUCCUGCAGGGUUUCUCUGUCCCGUUGGAAACUUGCAGACCUUGAAUCUCACGCACAAUCGCAUACGCACUGCCGAGCAGUUGGGAUUUGCCAAUAUGAACUGCAAUGGUGGCAGCGAGCUGCAACUAUUAGACGCCAGCUACAACGAGCUGCGGUCCAUCACCGAAAGCUGGGGCAUUUCUCGGCUUAGACGACUGCAGCAUUUGAAUUUGCAGCACAAUAACAUCUCAGAGCUUUCGGGUGAAGCGCUUGCAGGCCUAGCCUCGUUGCGCAUUGUGAACCUCAGCAAUAAUCAUUUGGAGACGCUGCCAGAGGGCCUGUUUGCUGGAUCCAAAGAGCUGCGAGAGAUUCACCUGCAGCACAAUGAGCUGUACGAGCUACCCCGUGGGCUUUUUCAUCGAUUGGAGCAACUGUUGGUAGUGGACUUGUCGGGUAACCAGCUGACUAGUAACCAUGUGGAUAACACAACCUUUGCCGGUCUCAUCCGUCUGAUAGUACUGAAUCUGGCUCACAAUGCCUUGACCCGCAUUGACUAUCGAACUUUUAAAGAGCUCUAUUUUCUGCAAAUUCUCAAUCUGCGCAACAACUCUAUCGGGCACAUUGAGGAUAAUGCCUUUCUGCCACUCUAUAACCUACACACCUUGAAUCUGGCCGAAAAUCGCCUGCAUACACUGGAUGACAAGCUAUUCAAUGGAUUAUAUGUGUUGUCAAAGCUCACGCUGAACAACAACUUAAUUAGCGUGGUGGAGCCGGCGGUGUUCAAGAACUGCUCGGACCUGAAAGAGCUUGAUCUUAGCUCCAAUCAGCUUAAUGAAGUACCGCGCGCCUUACAAGACUUAGCCAUGUUGCGCACACUGGACUUGGGUGAGAACCAAAUUCGCACAUUCGACAACCAGAGCUUUAAAAACCUUCAUCAGCUGACUGGAUUGCGCUUGAUUGACAAUCAGAUUGGGAACAUUACUGUGGGCAUGUUUGCAGACUUGCCUCGCUUGAGCGUCCUGAACAUGGCCAAAAAUCGUAUACAAAGCAUCGAACGCGGAGCUUUUGACAAAAACUUUGAAUUGGAGGCUAUACGCUUGGACCGGAACUUCCUGUCGGACAUUAAUGGUGUUUUUGCCACGCUUGUUUCACUGCUCUGGCUGAACCUCUCUGAGAAUCAUUUGGUUUGGUUCGAUUAUGCCUUUAUUCCCUCCAACCUUAAGUGGCUGGACAUACAUGGAAAUUAUAUUGAAGCUCUGGGCAACUACUAUAAGCUGCAGGAGGAGAUACGUGUCAAGACGCUGGAUGCUAGUCAUAAUCGAAUUACGGAAAUCGGUCCCAUGUCCAUACCCAACACUAUUGAGCUGCUCUUCAUAAACAACAACCUGAUUGGUAAUGUUCAUCCCAACGCUUUUGUGGACAAGACGAACUUGGCGCGAGUCGACCUUUAUGCCAAUCAGCUGUCUAAGUUGCAGCUGCAGCAGCUCCGUGUGGCUCCCGUUGCCGCCGAAAAGCAGCUUCCGGAGUUCUAUCUGGGUGGCAAUCCAUUUGAGUGCGACUGUACAAUGGACUGGUUGCAACGCAUUAAUAAUCUUACGACGCGCCAGCAUCCAAGAGUAAUGGACAUACCAAACAUAGAAUGCGUGAUGCCUCAUGCCCGUGGGGCUGCAGUACGCGCUUUAAGCACUCUGCGCCCUCAAGACUUUCUCUGCCGCUACGAGUCGCAUUGCUUUGCACUUUGUCAUUGCUGUGACUUCGAUGCCUGUGAUUGCGAGAUGACUUGCCCUCAAAACUGUACCUGCUACCACGACCAGAUCUGGUCCACCAACGUGGUUGACUGUGGCGGUCAGCAGACGAUGGAGCUGCCUCGCCGAGUACCUAUGGAUUCGAGUAUCGUCUAUUUGGAUGGCAACAACUUUCCUGUGCUAAAAAAUCAUGCUUUCAUCGGACGCAAGAACCUAAAAGCUCUCUACGUGAACGGCAGCCAAGUGGCUUCUAUCCAGAAUCGUACAUUCGCUAGCCUUACAUCACUGCAACUCCUUCAUCUUGCUGACAAUCACCUGCAAUCUUUGCAUGGCUAUGAAUUUGAACAGCUUGGGUCUCUGCGUGAGCUUUACCUGCAAAAUAACCUCAUGACUACUAUCGAGAAUGCCACAUUGGCACCUCUACAUUCUCUGGAGCUUCUGCGCAUUGAUGGCAACCGGUUAGUAACGCUACCGAUCGGGCAGCUGCAUGCCACCCAUUUCGGUCGUCACUUGCGAUCCAUUUCCCUGGGCCGCAAUCAGUGGAGCUGUCGCUGCCAGUUUCUGCAGGCGCUGACAUCGUAUGUGGCCGACAAUGCUCUCAUUGUGCAAGACGCCCAGGAUAUAUACUGCAUGGAUACACCUAAUAUGGCUUUUGGAGCGGAUAGUGCAGCGGAUGGUGUCUCAUCUUCACCUCAAAAGCGCGAGCUGGACUUUAAUUCUACGGGCGCUGCCUGCACUGACUAUUAUGCCGGUGGGUCCAUGCUACAACAUGGUAUUCCCGAGACCUAUAUCCCACUGCUAGCUGCUGCGUUAGCGCUUGUGUUUUUACUAGUUGUGGUCAUCAUAGUCUUCAUCUUCAGGGAGUCCCUGCGUAUCUGGCUCUUUGCUCACUACGGCGUUCGAGUAUUUGGUCCGCGCUGUGAAGAGUCCGAGAAGCUCUACGAUGCCGUGCUGUUGCAUUCGGCCAAGGACGCGGAAUUCGUGUGCCAGCACUUAGCUGCGGAGCUGGAAGCCGGACGACCCCCCUUGCGGGUUUGCUUACAACAUCGCGAUCUAUCUCACGAUGCUACUCAUUAUCAGCUCCUGGAAGCAACGCGGGUCUCACGUAAGAUAAUACUUGUGCUCACGCGAAACUUCCUGCAGACUGAGUGGGCUCGCUGUGAACUGCGACGAGCCGUUCACGAUGCUCUACGUGGCAGACCCCAAAAACUGGUCAUUGUUGAGGAGGCGGAGGUCGCAUUCGAGGCGGAGAGUGACAUCGAACUACUGCCAUAUCUGAAGACAUCGGCAGUACAUCGUAUUCGGCGCACCGAUCGCCAUUUUUGGGAAAAACUGCGCUAUGCCAUACCUGUCGACUAUCCUACAUACCGAGGCAACAACUACACACUAGACCAUAACCACGAACGUAUUAAGCAGCCAGCUAGCCCAGGGCUACUUUACCGCCAAGCACCACCGCCUGCCUACUGUACCGCCGAGGAAGGUGCAGAAGCGGUAUCGGUAGCGGCAGCCGCUGUGGUUUCCCCGGCAGUAGUCGAGGGUGAGCAAAACUACUCCUCGGCCACAACAGCCACACCAAGCCCGAGGCCACAGCGUCGCGGUGAGCAACAUCAUGGUCACCUCUCUAGUGGCACUUUGCAUCCCCAGCGAAGUGGAGCCGGAAGUGGAGCUGGUGAGGUGGUGCAGUAUUACCAGCAGCAUCAUGGCGGCUCUAUGCGUCCUCCUUCGGAGCACAUUUAUUCCAGCAUUGACUCCGACUACUCGACUCUGGACAAUGAGCAGCACAUGCUCAUGAUGCCAGUCGCCGGAUUGCCUCACCAGCACCACCAACAGCAGACUCAGCAACGCCCCCAGACGUGGCGACCUCAGCCGAAGCAGCAACAGUCUCCUUCUCAGCUCUCGCAUGCGGCUACAUUGCAGCAUCAGUCUCAGCAGCAGCAACAACAGCAACAACAGCCUCUCGCUGCAGCAGCUCAACAGCAAGGACCGCAUGUCCAGGCCUAUCUAGUGUAAGUGUAACAGGGGGGUUCAUGGGGUAAUGUGUCGAGUGCCGAGUGCCGGACGUUGAGUGACGCGUUGACAGUGAUUUCUUUAGGGACUGGUUCCUGUUUCAUACUGAAACAAAAGUGCAUAAUUUUAAUUACUACAGCAUAUGUAUGAGGUUAAAUUAAAAGUGGAGGAUAAACGAGAAACGCAGUCAAGUCCGAAAUAUGAAACACAGCAACAGGAAUGAAAAAAUAUGCGCCAUUUCCGUUUAGUGACACUUUUUGCGUGUUUGUGACUGUCCGUUUCCAGCGUAUUUAUUUGCUCAUGAAGAGCAUGCUAUCUGGAAAUUUUUGAAUAUGUCCGAGUACUUCCAGAACUGGAACAUUUCUAAACUAUUUUAAUCUCAUCAAGGACUCCCAAAUUUGCAUUUCAGACUUGGCUACAGUUCUGUGUUCUUAUCCUAAGGUGUAUCCUCUAGCCGUUAUUUUGUAUGAGCCAUUGUAAAUAGCUGCAUUAUUCAUACACUCAAAUAAGAAAUACUUAAAUACUAAAAAUAGAGCCACAUAUGCCGCAUAUGCAAUAUUUCUGAACACACUUGUAAUUUAAACACACGCCGUAUACCGUACAUACACGAAUGAUAAAAGUACUAUAUAAUGUUAUGUAAAAAGAAUUAGCUAGCAAACAUGAAAUAUGUAAUUAAACAAGGUAUUGUAUGCCUAUACGAGUACACUCGAAUGUCUAUGCAAAGGCAGUUAAAGCUCAUUUUAAACACUUACGCUUACCAAAAUAUUGUAAUAAUAUUUAUGUAUGUACGAACUAGUAGAGGAAGGAAAAAGAUUGCAUGUUCUUGAGAACUACAAAGCGUAUACACAACAUAAGUAUAGUAUGUGACUGUAAAACUGAUAUGUAUUUAAACCUACAAAAACCAAACAUAAGCAUAUACAACACGGAGCUAAAUUUUAUACACCUACGAUAUAUACUAUAUGGUAUACAAUAUAGAGUAAAUUACUAACAAUAAGCAAAUGCAAAGUUGGAUAAAAAGCUGCCUAUAGCAAGACGAUAGCAACACUCAAAGCAUUUAUUUAAUCUAACUUUGAUCAUAUAGUACACGUAUGUAUGCAAAUGAAUGACAAACAUACUCGUAUGUUCAUCCAGACAGAACAGAAUGUAAGCAUUUUAAAAAUGAAGGAGAAACAAUUAGCUCACAAACUCGUCAUACACUAAGAUAUCGAGAAACUCAAAAUUCGAACACGUAAAACCCAUUUGAGGCACAUGUGUACCAGUAUAAAAAGCCCAAAACUGUUAUUUAUUUUUAUUUUGUAAUAUACGACGAUAGCUUAAGUUUUAUUUUAUAAACUU